GGCCGGUUCGCAUGUGUAUGGAUUUCCACUCGCAUCCGUCGGGUUCGCGCGUAGUUCCGGGAAACGGACUUAGUGGCGCCGCCAUGGACUCAGAUUCUAGUGAAUAAGCACGAAAUUCAAAUAUUGUGUGUGCCAACAGAAAAAGAGAAGAAAACAAAAGAAUAUAUCGAGAAAUGAGUGCAAAUCUAUUUUAAAUGGUGUGCAAUUAAAGGAGCCACAGCGAGAAUACUUGACAAAAUGCAUUUGUGCGAGAUGCGUGGCAUGCCGCGUCGGUUGCAACCUCAGUGCUUAGCCAACGAAAGCGAAAUUCAAAUUAAAAUUGAGAAUAAAAUUAAAAAUACGAAUGGAAAGAGCAGGGAGAUCAAACGCCGACACAGAAACAAUCGAAAUGCUCCCGAGGAGGGGCUAAAAAUAAUCCAAGUCGAUCGUAGUCGACGGGUGAUAUUCCCACUGCUGCUGCUCCUCACGGGAUUAAAUGGAUUAACUCAAGUUGGAGCGCUCAAGGGUGAAAAUCCACGCAUCACCGAGCAUCCCAUGGACGAGACGGUGCCAAAAAAUGAUCCAUUUACGUUUAAUUGCCAGGCCGAGGGCAAUCCAACACCAACCAUUCAAUGGUUUAAGGACGGUCGCGAACUGAAGUCGGAUACGGGUUCGCAUCGCAUGAUUCUGCCCGCCGGGGGAUUAUUCUUUCUCAAGGUUAUCCACUCACGUCGAGAGAGCGAUGCGGGCACAUAUUGGUGCGAAGCCAAAAACGAGUUUGGCGUGGCCCGUUCCAGGAAUGCAACGUUGCAAGUGGCAUUUCUCCGGGACGAAUUCCGUUUGGAGCCGGCAAAUACCCGCGUGGCCCAAGGCGAAGUGGCCCUGAUGGAAUGCGGUGCCCCCCGAGGAUCUCCGGAGCCGCAAAUCUCGUGGCGCAAGAAUGGCCAGACCCUGAAUCUUGGCGGGAACAAGCGGAUUCGCAUUGUCGAUGGUGGUAACCUGGCCAUACAGGAAGCCAGGCAAUCAGACGACGGACGGUAUCAGUGUGUGGUCAAGAAUGUGGCUGGCACCCGGGAAUCGGCCACCGUCUUCCUGAAAGUUCACGUUCGCCCCUUCCUCAUCCGUGGACCCCAGAAUCAGACGGCUGUGGUGGGCAGCUCGGUGGUCUUCCAGUGCCGCAUUGGAGGCGAUCCCCUGCCCGAUGUCCUGUGGCGACGCACUGCCUCCGGCGGCAAUAUGCCACUGCGUCGUGUGCACGUACUUGAGGACCGCAGUCUGAAGCUGGACGACGUCACGCUGGAGGACAUGGGCGAGUACAGUUGCGAGGCGGACAAUGCGGUGGGCGGCAUCACGGCCACGGGCAUCCUCACCGUUCACGCACCCCCCAAAUUCGUGAUACGCCCCAAGAAUCAGCUGGUGGAGAUCGGUGAUGAAGUGCUGUUCGAGUGCCAGGCGAAUGGACAUCCCCGGCCAACCCUCUAUUGGUCGGUGGAGGGCAACAGCUCACUUCUGCUGCCCGGCUAUCGGGAUGGCCGUAUGGAAGUAACGCUGACGCCCGAGGGUCGCUCUGUACUUUCAAUAGCUCGAUUUGCCCGCGAGGAUUCCGGAAAGGUGGUCACUUGCAAUGCCCUGAAUGCCGUGGGCAGUGUGAGCAGUCGAACGGUGGUCAGUGUGGAUACGCAAUUCGAGUUGCCACCGCCGAUUAUUGAACAGGGUCCGGUGAAUCAAACGCUGCCCGUGAAAUCCAUUGUGGUUCUGCCCUGUCGAACUCUGGGUACUCCGGUGCCACAGGUCUCGUGGUAUCUGGAUGGCAUACCCAUCGAUGUGCAGGAGCACGAACGUAGGAAUCUCUCGGAGUCAGGAGCCCUAACCAUUUCGGAUCUUCAGCGACACGAAGAUGAGGGCUUAUACACCUGCGUGGCUAGCAAUCGCAAUGGCAAAUCCUCUUGGAGUGGCUACCUACGUUUGGACACCCCAACUAAUCCGAAUAUCAAGUUCUUCCGGGCGGCAGAACUUUCCACCUAUCCAGGACCACCGGGAAAACCGCAAAUGGUGGAGAAGGGCGAAAAUUCGGUGACUCUCAGCUGGACGAGGAGCAACAAAGUGGGCGGCUCCAGUCUGGUGGGCUAUGUAAUCGAGAUGUUUGGCAAAAACGAAACGGAUGGCUGGGUGGCUGUGGGCACCAGGCUGCAAAACACGACGUUCACCCAAACGGGUUUGCUGCCGGGUGUGAAUUACUUCUUCCUAAUUCGGGCCGAGAACUCCCAUGGCUUAUCACUGCCUAGUCCGAUGUCGGAACCUAUUACGGUGGGAACGCGGUACUUCAAUAGUGGCCUGGAUCUGAGCGAGGCUCGUGCCAGUCUACUGUCCGGAGAUGUUGUGGAGCUGAGCAACGCUAGUGUGGUGGACUCCACCAGCAUGAAGCUCACCUGGCAGAUCAUCAAUGGCAAAUACGUCGAGGGUUUCUAUGUCUAUGCGAGACAGUUGCCAAAUCCAAUAGUCAACAAUCCGGCGCCCGUUACGACCAAUACCAAUCCGCUGCUGGGCUCCGCAUCCGCCUCGGCAUCCGCAUUGAUUUCGACAAAGCCAAAUAUUGCCGCUGCCGGCAAACGUGAUGGGGAGACCAACCAGAAUGGAGGAGUCGGAGGUGGAGGAGGAACUCCAGCCCCACAGAGCACCAAGUAUCGCAUGCUGACGAUUCUGAACGGAGGUGGCGCCUCAUCCUGCACCAUCACCGGUCUCGUCCAGUACACGCUGUAUGAAUUUUUCAUCGUGCCAUUUUACAAAUCCGUCGAGGGCAAGCCGUCGAAUUCGCGCAUCGCCCGCACCCUUGAAGAUGUUCCCACUGAGGCACCAUAUGGAAUGGAGGCUCUGCUGCUUAAUUCCUCAGCGGUGUUCCUGAAAUGGAAGGCUCCGGAACUCAAGGAUCGUCAUGGAGUUCUCUUGAACUAUCACGUCAUAGUCCGAGGCAUUGACACUGCUCACAAUUUCUCACGAAUUCUGACAAAUGUCACCAUCGAUGCCGCCUCGCCUACUUUGGUUUUGGCCAAUCUCACCGAAGGCGUGAUGUACACGGUGGGCGUGGCAGCCGGAAAUAAUGCCGGAGUUGGUCCAUAUUGCGUCCCAGCCACUUUGCGUUUGGAUCCCAUCACCAAGCGGCUCGAUCCGUUCAUCAAUCAGCGCUAUCCCAUCAAUCAGGACCAUGUUAACGAUGUGCUGACACAGCCCUGGUUCAUAAUACUCCUGGGCGCCAUCCUGGCCAUUCUUAUGCUGUCCUUUGGCGCAAUGGUCUUUGUGAAGCGCAAGCACAUGAUGAUGAAGCAGUCGGCCCUAAACACCAUGCGUGGCAAUCACACGAGCGACGUGCUGAAAAUGCCGAGUCUAUCGGCUCGCAAUGGAAACGGCUACUGGCUGGACUCCUCCACCGGCGGAAUGGUGUGGCGCCCCUCGCCCGGCAGCGAUUCGCUGGAGAUGCAAAAGGAUCACAUAGCCGACUAUGCGCCGGUCUGUGGUGCCCCAGGCUCCCCGGCCGGCGGUGGUGCCGGUUCCGGUGGAUCCGGUGGUGCGGGCAGCGGUGCCAGCGGCGGCGAUGACAUUCAUGGAGGACACGGCACCGAACGCAAUCAGCAGCGGUACGUGGGCGAGUACUCCAACAUACCGACCGACUAUGCCGAAGUGUCCAGUUUUGGCAAGGCACCCAGUGAAUAUGGGCGGCAUGGUAAUGCCUCCCCGGCCCCCUAUGCCACCUCUUCGAUUUUGAGUCCCCACCAGCAGCAGCAGCAACCUCGUUAUCAACAGCGACCAGUUCCCGGCUAUAACCUCCAGCGUCCCAUGCAUCCGCACUACCAACAGCAGCAGCAGCAGCAACAGCAGCAACAGGCACACCAGCAACAUCAGGCGCACCAGCAACUGCCCCCCAGCAACAUCUAUCAGCAAAUGUCCACCACCAGCGAGAUAUAUCCCACGAAUACCGGGCCACCGCGCUCCGUCUACUCCGAGCAGUAUUACUAUCCCAAGGACAAGCAAAGGCACAUCCAUAUCACCGAGAAUAAGUUGAGCAACUGUCAUACUUAUGAGGCGGCUCCGGGGGCCAAGCAGUCCUCGCCCAUCACCUCGCAAUUUGCGAGUGUGAGGCGUCAGCAAUUGCCGCCGAACUGCAGUAUUGGUAGGGAUAGUGCCCGCUUCAAGGUGCUGAACACGGAUCAGGGCAAGAACCAGCAGAAUCUCCUGGAUCUCGAUGGUUCCUCGUUGUGCUACAAUGGACUGGCGGACUCUGGUUGCGGUGGUUCCCCCUCACCGAUGGCCAUGCUGAUGUCACACGAGGAUGAGCACGCUCUGUACCACACGGCGGAUGGGGAACUGGACGACAUGGAGCGACUGUAUGUCAAGGUGGACGAGCAACAGCCUCCGCAGCAGCAGCAGCAGCUGAUGCCACUGGUUCCCCAACAUCCAGCGGAUGGACAUCUGCAGUCCUGGCGAAACCAGAGCACACGGGGCAGUCGGAAGAAUGCCCAGGAGGUCAGCAAGGAGCCGAAUGAGUUGAUCUACGCCCCCGGAAGUGUGGCCAGCGAAAGGAGUCUGCUGAGCAACUCGGGCAGUGGCACCAGCAGCCAGCCGGCUGGCCACAAUGUCUGACCUUUGCCCUCUGGUUCAGCCCUGGGCCAGUCGCAAUCCAAAUCCAAGUCCCAAACGCAGUCCCAGAGCGAUCUGCAGUCCCAGGAGCAACUUUAUGCCCGGGAAGUAAGGGAACUACUCGCCUGGUGCGAACGCUUCAACAACGGAGGAGUGGAGAACUUUGAGUAGGUUGGGAAAGGGUAUUUGGAAAGGGGAGGUGCCAAGGGAAAGGGUAUGCGAUGGGAAAGGAGUACUGAUUUAAAAGCUAGGAAGGAGCGCCAGGGGAUCGAAUGAAAUCGACUUGAUGUAGUAAAGUGGUUUCGUUUUCUUGCAGUUUUUGUUUUUAUUUAAUUUUCUUGAACAUUCGUUUCGUGUUCGAUUUCCUUUAAAUUAAUAAUUUUAAAUGGAACAAAAUAAUUGUUUUUAUGAUCAUACAGCAAAAGGAAUCACUUUAAUUUACAGAAAAUCAAAUUUAAUCUUGUUCCCCUGGCUGCAUUUGUCACAAACGAAAAUGUGACCAAGACUGAGACUGACAGAGUGCGAGAAUCGUGUGAGAAUUACUUUUAAUUUGAUUAGUAUUACAAGGUUUCGUUUCUAUAUGAAGAAAAGCCGAGCUCUCUGAACUUUUGAGCCAUCGGCCCUAUGCUAGUGAUAGACAUAUUACCCUAUUUCUCCAUCUCUCCUACUCUAUCUAUCUCUAACUCGCGCUAAAUCUCUGACUAAGAAACUGCUUUCGUUAUCACACUCUAGGCUAAGAUUAGAUAUAGCAAGAUCAUUGUAAAUUAAAGAAAAAAGUAUGAUAAGUUCCUCCAAGUAUGCAGACGAUGAUAGCCAAAACGCUGCGUUAGCUUUAGAUUAUAUGGAAACCCAAUUUAGAUAGAACGAUGGGCAGCAUUUUGUUUGUUACUUAAGGGUUCGUAAUUAGGCUUAGAGUUCAGACAGAUACCGAUUCAAUACCCAUGAAUGUUUAUCCACUAAGUGUACAUAUUGUACUAGCACUAGCUGUAGUUAAUCGUAUGUACGUGUAUGUAUCUCUAUAAAUAUCAAAUGAAUUAUUCAACCUAAUUAUGCAAAUGUGAACACAAAUGAGUAGACAUAACAAAUAAUACUUAAACAUAAAGAGUAACGGACAAGUGAAUAAAUUGUGCAUAUAGUAAUUUAAACUGUAAUAAUUAUAGCAGCCCACACGCCCCAUUAAUUAGUUGUUGUUUAAAUACCCAUAUACAUGCAUACACACUUAUAUAACCCAUUUAGUAAUAGAAACUGCAUUAAAAAAUACCACCAAGGCAUAUAUGAAAAACAAUCCUUCAAUUUUGAGCCAAGAAAAGCAAGAAAAUCCUUUUUGUUCCCUUCUUUGGUUCGCACUAAUGAACUGUAUGAAAAGGCAGCCAAUUAAAUAUAUAUAGGUAUAUCCAUCGAUUUAAGCCGAAGUCUGCGUUGAGGACUUUCAGCGAACACAAGUUCAUUUAGCAUGUUGUUUAUCGCACCCCGAAAAUGAUGGAAAUUAAGUGCAUUUUGUAUGUGUGUCUAUGCGUAAUUGUAAUUAUUGAUAUUGAAUACGUAUUUACAAUGUAGCAAUUACAAAAGCAAAAUAAAAAAAUGCCAUAAUUAUGAAAUUAAA